AUGAAGUUCUCUGUUGCUGCUUUCGCCGGCCUUUUCGCCGCUGUCAGCGCCGCUGCUGUCCCUUCCAAUGUCACUCUCCCCACGGCUUUCACUUUGGUUGCCGAUGGCGGUAAAACCGCUCUUACCGAUGGCCAAUACGUCUACGUUGGUGGAGAUGCUACUGACGGCAAGGAGAUCCUCAUCCUGCGCUCCGGCGCCAACGGCAUGGUCUCUUUCACUUCCAAGGAUGGCGUCCCGACUGCCUUCCAGAAUCUUUACAUUGUUGAGCAUGACGUGACCCCCGUCUCGCUUACCGUCCCUCACUCUGGUGCUGUCCCCGAGAACGGUAACAUGAAUGGCUUCGGUGUUAAUGCUCAGGGCUACUUCACCAACAACGGCCGUCCCUGGUUCUCCGUCGACGUCGGCGACGUUCCCUCCAAGCAGGUGUACUGGUACGGCGGCCACAACGCCGAGUACUACGGCCUGAACCUCUGGGUUAAGGAGUGCAAGGGCUGCUAA